AUGUCUCCGAAGCGCAAAUCUGGUGGCGGCGCCGAUGCUGAUGGGUCUAAGUCUAAGGCCAAGAAAACUGCAGCGAUAGAUCCGCAGAUUUUGGAAGAGCAGCCUUACAUUCCGAAGGUGGUUGAAUGGCCAUUCGUGUCCAAGAUUGAGAUGGCAAGCCGCAACGAAAAAGAGGAGAAGGAAGCCCAGCUGGCGAAGAAUGUGAGGCAGGCUGACCUCCAACAGAUCCUUGCCAGGUUGGGCAAUGAUUUGGAUUUGCUCAAAGCCCGCGCUGCCAAUGCUCCCUCCGAAGCUGUCGAAAAUGCUCUGGACAUGAAAUAUUUGCGCGAUCGGCAAGAGAAAGGCAAGGCCUUUGUUGAUCAAUGGAUGGCCAAGCAUUGCGUCAUUGUGGAGCCGGGUGAUCACUUUGAGAACAUGAUCCCGGCCUACCUGAAAUUCAAGGAUCAGUUCCGGAAGGACGAAGGUCAGGAGUAUGUUUUGGCAUCCUUGGAUUGCACGGUGUUCCCUGCCAACGGGAAUUACGUAGCUGGUGCAGUGAAGACUUUGGCCACGAUUCUUUCGAUGGGUGCGAAUCAUAUGGGCUUUUUGCAGUUUCCAGUUUGCCAGAGCCAGACCUCACCCACAGCCAUGCUAAAACACCGACAUCACUUGGAGAAUGCCUUUGUGAAGGCUGGCCUGACUAUAGUCAAUUCGCUGCAAGUGCUUUACAGCAAGGAUGGUGCUACAGCCCGUGACACCCGAUCUCUUUGGCAGUCAGGGCAAGCAACCUUUCACACCCACUUUCAAGACCAUGCCUUCCAAGAGAGCUCGGCGGUGGUGCAAGGCAAGCUCGGGCCUUGCCCGCUUGCUCGCAUUUCUGAGUUUUUGGGCUACGAUGAUGCUCAGAGACCCGGAGCCAGCGCUCGUGUUGAACAGAACCUCGACUAUUCAUUGGCUCCGUUUUCCCUUUUAUACUUUUGCAUUGAAAAUACGCAUGUAUUCGGGCUCAGGGAGAAUCGUUGUCAUCACCAAGGAAAGGACUGGCGUGUCACCGCUAUGAUAGAUGGGUUGCUGAGCGGCAUGCCCCUCCAGGAUGGAAGCACGGUGAUUUUUGUGGAUGUCAUCCCGAACAGGCUGGGAUAA